AUGCUGAUUCUCUUCACUGACGCCUGGCGCAACUACACGCGGAUAGUCCUGGAUGCUGUCGGGGUUCCACUGCACCACUUUCCGAGUACGACAGUCUUCGUCGAGGCAAUCCGUGACACUGUCCAAGGUCAUCACCUUGUGAUUCUAGCGGGGGUGCUGCACCGAGACAUCAGCAAGGGCAAUGCCAUCAUCUUACUGGGAAAUGCACUGUUCAGAGGAUUUAUCUGUGAUUUCGACUUCAGCAACUUUGUCGACAGCACGAAAACCGGCGGCUCGCGCCCAGAUGCCGAAGAUGUUCUAGAUGAACACAGGGAGCGAAUGGGUAUGUUCUGUUACCUCGCCUGCGAAUUACUCGCCAGGACAGGGCCAGUUAUCCACCGCGCGCACCACGAUCUCGAAUCGUUCUACUGGGUCAUCCUUUGGAUUGUCCUUCGCCAUACGGACCACGACCACCCAGAGGGCGCCGCCGCGUGCGAGAAGAUCUUCGAUGCUGAGACCGAGCACAACGCCUGCUGUUCCAAGACCUUCUGGCUCACGGACGAGGAGGUCGCGAUCCGCAACAACGCACCCCUCACCGCGCUCCUCAACGACCUCACGGACCUGGUUCACGCGACACGCAAGCGCAGGGGACACCCGACGUGCACUCUCACCCAAGAAGCGUUCAUCCGGGUCCUCGAUGACGCUUUAACACUGAAGGCUGGCCGUCGGGUGAUGAAGCGCGCCCUUUGGUGCACCCGCACGUCGACGCGGAUGGUAGCGAUGUCCAGGUGGGGACCAAACGCAAUCGGGAGGCCAGUGAUCAUGACGAGGGGAGACGCUCGAGCAAGAAGCAGAAGACGUCAACGGAAAAUGCGAACUUGGUACGACCGAACUCCUUGCAAUCAAGUGGGUGAACUUGGAUACAGAGCGAGACUCAAACGAGGAUGCUUGUGA